AUCGAAAAGGUCAACCAUAGGGAGCGUUCUUGUAUAGCAAGGCAGACUGUAAAUCCUGAAACCUUCUCAUUUCUUGAUUCUGAUUCUGCCUUAAUCUCAGCGCGUCCUGAACCCGAUUUCUUUGGAGCAAGAUACUAUCGCCAUGUUCGACAUCCUUCUCCAGAGGGGCUUGCUGAGAUAAUGAUGCUACAGAACAACUUGCUAAUGGGGGGAAGAUUAGAUUCACAUGAUCGAUUCAGUGACUGGAGGCUUGAUAUUGACAGCAUGUCUUAUGAGCAAUUGCUGGAGCUUGGUGAUAAAAUCGGUUACGUUAACACUGGGUUGAAAGAAGAUGAGAUAAGCAGAUGCCUCAGAAAAAUUAAGGGCUCAAUCAUGAAUGAAUUGCCACCAAACUUACACAUGCAUGUGGAUAAGAAGUGCAGCAUCUGUCAGGAGGAGUAUGAAGCAGAUGAAGAGAUGGGGAAGCUAUAUUGUGGACAUAGCUUUCACAUUCAAUGUAUAAAGCAGUGGCUUGUGCAGAAAAAUACUUGCCCUGUCUGUAAGACUGAGGCAGCAGCUCGAUGCUAGCAGUCAUGGAUUCAAUUUAACCCUCUUUGUCUGUGUAUAGAUUUUGCUCCAAAUACAAAAAAGCAAGGAUUCAAUUUUUUAUUUUUAUGGGUUUUUCCUUUGGAAAUGUGUGAAGAAGCCUCAGAGGGUUCAACUUGUGUUUGCUUCAGAAAAUGAAGGGGGAUUGCUGUUAUUUGGCAGAAUCAAGUCAAUGGGGUUGCGGGAAUUGUUGCUCUCUUCUUAAAAUCAAUUUAUUAUUUGUGAUUGUGUUGCUAUACUUUGAUAUAAAUGCUACUUUGAUUUUGGUAA